GAGAGAGAGGAGAGAGAGAGAGAGAGUCUGCAAUUAGCGAACCCACCACCUGCAACCCAAGCGCGCGCGUGCCAGCAGAAGGGAAACGGCGGGAAUCCGUUUGCGCUCCCCUCGGUUGUUUUGCCGCGCGCGCUCCUCUCCGUCACGACUGCGCACGCAGGAGACACACAGCCUGAAAAACAAUGCGGGACUGAGUGCGCGGAGCUCGACCGACACACACACGCACACACACACACACACAGGCAGACAAACAGACAGAGGGGGAGAUAACAUGGUCACCCGCUCUCCUCAGUGAAGGGAGAAGGGAGAGCGAGUGGAAGCCUGGCGGAGAGAUCCUCACCGUCGCAUGGGGGCCAUGAGCGGCGCGGACACGGCGGCCAGCAAACUGUUGAACUUAACGCAGCGCUCUGCGUCCGAAGACCUGGGCUGCAGGAGAGGCGAGUUUAGCCGGAAACACUAUGGAUCGGUAGAACUGCUGAUCUCCAGCGAUGCAGAUGGAGCCAUACAGAGAGCUGGAAGGUUCAGGGUGGAGAACGGUUCCUUAGAUGAGAGUAUGGACUACACACCAGGAACCUGGAGAAGAACCGAUGUCCAUCUGGAGAAUCCAGAAUACCACACCAGAUGGUUCUUUAAGUACUUCCUGGGGAAAGUCCAUCAGAACUAUGUUGGUGUGGAUGCGGAAAAGAACCCGUUCUACUUAUCCGUGGUUCUGUCAGACCAGAACAACCAGAGGGUUCCACAGUACCGAGCCAUCCUUUGGCGCAAAACGGGUACUCUUAAGAUUAGCCUCCCUUACAGCCCCACUAAAACUUUAUCGGUCAAAUCUAUAUUAAGUGCUAUGAACAUGGAGCGCUUCGAGAAGGGCCCUAGGGAGAUCCUGAACCCAGAGAUCCAAAAGGACCUGCUGGUACUGGAAGAGCAAGAGGGUAGUGUGAACUUUAAAUUUGGAGUGCUCUAUGCCAAAGAUGGACAGUUGACAGAUGAUGAAAUGUUUAGUAACGAGUCAGGAAGUGAGAACUUUGACAAGUUUUUGAAUUUGCUUGGUGACACCAUUUGUCUGCAAGGCUGGGCUGGUUAUAGAGGAGGCCUGGACACUAAAAAUGACACUACAGGAAUAAACUCCAUCUAUACAGUAUAUCAGGGUCAUGAGCUCAUGUUCCACGUAUCUACCAUGUUACCUUACUCUAAAGAGAAUAAGCAACAGGUGGAGAGAAAGAGACAUAUCGGGAAUGACAUUGUCACCAUCGUAUUCCAGGAAGGAGAUGACGCCUCACCAUCAUUUAAGCCCUCCAUGAUCCGCUCCCAUUUCACACAUAUCUUUGCCUUAGUUAGAUACAACAGUCAGAAUGACACAUAUAGGUUGAAGAUUUUUUCAGAAGAGAGCGUGCCGUUGUUCGGACCUCCCCUUCCCUCACCGCCAGUAUUUACAGACCAUCAGGAGUUCAGGGACUUUUUACUAGUCAAAUUAAUAAACGGAGAGAAAGCCACUCUUGAGACCCCGACGUUUGCUCAGAAACGUCAGCGGACCCUUGACAUGUUGAUUAGAUCUUUGUAUCAAGACCUCAUGCCAGACCUGCACAAGGUUCCCUUUUCUCCACAGAACAUGUUAAAUCGUCGCUCCUUCAGUGACGUGCUGCCUGAAUCACCCAAGUCAGCCCGAAAGAAAGAGGAGGCCCGCCAGGCUGAGUUUGUCCGGAUAGGGCAGGCAUUAAAGUUGAAGACCAUAGUCAGAGGAGAUGCUCCUACUAGUUUGGUCAACACUGGACUUUGUAGGAAAGAGCCAUGGGAGUCUCAGUCUUUCUGCAGUAGCUUUGCACAUGAAAUCGUCUGUGGAGAUUCCUGGGGGCAGUCGUUACUGGUAGCCACAGAGUCAGCCGGGGUCAUGCUGUUAGAGGCCUCAGAUCCCUUGCUAUCCAGUGCAGACUCUCCAUCCCUGCCUCCAGUUCAAGUGAUUGACAAGACUCUGUCCGUCAAACAGAUGCAUGUACUUGAACCUCAGGAUCUCCUCAUCAUGAGGGCUGACAAAGGGAAAGACGCCCGUCUCUAUGUGUACAAACUGAGUGCUCUGAAAAGAGGGAUAGAGGAGCGACAACUUGUGCGCACCAAGUGUGACAGCAGAGAGAAUAAGCUGGAGAAAACCAAGGGCUGCCAUCUGUAUUCUAUAAACACACACCAUGGAGUGGAGCUACGCAUUGUGGCAGCGAUUAGAAACAAGCUGCUCCUUAUAACAAGGAAACACCCUCGUCUUGACUGCCUCAGCUGUGUCAGCACAAGCAUGGGAGCGAGUGAUUCUCCAGUUGAGGAGUUCCAGUACAUCCGGGAGAUCUGCUUAUGUGAUUCUCCAGUUGUCAUGGCACUGGUCGAUGGUCCAACAGGAGAGAAUGAUCAUAUGAUCUGUGUGGCAUACAAACACCAGUUUGACCUGAUCAAUGAGAGCACAGGGGAUGCCUACAGGCUGCACCAUGUGGAUGCCAACCGGGUCAAUUUUGUUGCGGCUAUAGACGUGUAUGAAGAUGGCGAGGCUGGGUUACUGCUCUGCUAUAACAACUUCUGUGCCUAUAAGAAGGUGUGUCCAUUUAAUGGUGCCACACCCAUGAUUCAGCCCAACUCUUCUGACUUUCACUUCAGCUGGAAUCAAAUGCCUAAUGGUAUUGUGUGUGCGUUCCCCUACAUUCUGGCCUUCACCACUGACUCCAUAGAGAUCCGACUGGUGGUCAAUGGAAACCUGGUUUACACUGCUGUGGUCCCAGAGCUUCAUCUGAUUGCAUCCAGGUCUGACAUUUACUUCAUAUCUUCAGCUCCAGUAAACUCUGCCUCCAACUGUAGCUCCAGAGACACCAGUUCCCAGAGUUCUCCUCAAACUCCAACAGGCUAUGAGCUGCCCAUUUUCCCCUCACCCCUUGGAGAUGAUUGUAUUCGGAUCCCCUACGGCACCAAGCUUUCCCUCUACAUGUCUAAAGAUUCUGAAGGGGAAGCUCCCUCCAAACACAUCUAUAAGAUUCCACUCUGUAACCUAGUAGGGCGAAGCAUAGAGAGGCCACUUAAGUCUCCAUUAGUCAGUAAGAUGCUUAUGGGUGCAGCACCUGGAGUGAUUGGCCCCGCCUCCGUGAUCUCGACCACACCCUCUCUCUCACUGUCUCGCAUGGAGAUCAAAGAGAUCGCCAGCCGAACGAGGAAAGAACUCCUGGGUUUAGCUGAAGAACCCAGCACCAAGUCGGACAGCGGCUCGAUGAAACAGAGGAAAACAAGCAGGAAAACGAAGGAGGAAGAGAAAAGGAGACCAGCAGGGGUCGCAAGCACUGAGCAAGUCGGUUUGGAGUGUGUUGAUGGCGACAUUGACAUUCAACGGCAUUGUUCUUCUGGCUCAGAGGCGGAGCCUUAUGAGGGCAGCCCACCCCUGACCAGCACUUUAACUCUGUCUGCAUCUUUUGAAGAGGACAUCCUGGACCUGAAGUGAUGACAAUCCUGUAGUGUGUUUCUUGUAGCCCCUUCUCAACUCCACCUGCGCUUUAUUUGUUUUGUUUUUUUCUUCUUUUUGUUUGUUUGUUUUUUUUAUUUGAUUUUUUUUCUAUUUACAUUUUAUGGUAUUUGAAUAUUUUUUUACUUUUGUAUCUGUUCUCAUCUACACUGAUGUAGAAGUGGAAUCACAAAGCUUUGCACCUGAGUGAGUUUACAGUAACCAGUGUGAUAAGAAGGAUACAAUGCACUUGUGCGUGCGUGUGUAUGCGUGUGUUGUGUGCAUGCGUUACUAUCUGUCCUGUUCAGUGAGGUUCAAGCUGAACUUAGCAACCGUCAUGAUAUCAAAAUACUGUAAGAGAAAGAAAAACGUGAAUGAGCCCUGAGAUGAGUAAGUCAGAGGGCCUCAAUCAGGUUUUGAUGACAUGGAACUUAUAGGAUACAUUUUAAUGCUAAUGUAGCUAUGAGAUUAGAAUUUAAGGGCAUAGCUUAUAUUUUCAGGUCGAAUGAUAUGAUCCAAAGCAUAGCAACAAAGUCUGAAUGUAAAUCUAAGUCAGUUUAUCUGUUUUAAAUCAUGUUGUAAUGUAAGUGAUUUAUCUGUCAAUUGCACAUUGUAAUUAUUUCAGAGUUUAAUAAUAUUAUAAUCUAUAUAGACUCAGAUCUCAGGCUGUGGCUGCACACGUGAAAAUAAAUAUGUACACCAAGAUAAAUAAAUUUAGUGAUGAAACUUUAUUAAAGAGUAUAGAUAAGUUAACCGUGAUGCUACACCCAAUGCUAACAAUCUCGAUCUGCACACCUUUGGCAAACAGGGCAGAAGUCUCCCACAAGUGCCAUUUUCCUACAACUCCCAGCAACUGCAUUAGAUCAGACCGGACAGGCAUUACAUUUCUCAUGAGGCAAGUAGUUACAAAAAAAAAAAAAAAACACUACCUAUAGCUCUUUCAUUAAACGGACACGACAUCGGCACAUGCGCCUCAGCUCAUGAUGCCUGACGUAAUAACUAUGUAAAAGUGCACUCUUUUAAGAAGAUGUUUUUUGUCUCUGGAUUAAAAGGGCUCCCAAACACCUGCAUGCCUCCCUUCAAUCAUAUUACAAAUUAAAAAGGGAUUUUCUACUAAAACUUUAGAAUUAGGAUUUGAUACCUUAACAAGUCAAAGGCAGUUUACAUUGAAUGAAAAAAUAAAUACAAAUGUCAGCUAAGGGUUUGAAUACAGUCUGCAGAUUAAGUUCCAGUUCAUAAGGCCAAAGUGAGUAAAGUAGCCAAUAGUGAAAUAGUUUUCACUCAUUGAGAUCUCACGAAUUGAGAAACAGAAUAAAAAUAUUGGCAUGUACAGAGUAAGAUAAGGAUGACAGAUAUGGCAUCAUAUGACACUAAAUGCAUGCCUAGUGAAUUCUUUCCUAACCAUUCUUCAACACUAGUAGAAGCUUGAGUGAUAAACUAAAUUGUGGGAAUUCAGUAUAUUUUUUCAGUGUAUCAUCGUUGCACUGAAGUUUUUAUCAUUAAUUAAAAGGAGUGUGUGGUGCUGGUGACUGAUGGAAGACAUUUAUAAUUUUACACUUUCGUUCUUUUCGCCUCUCAUCCCUCUGUUCGCUCGAUCCUCGUUGUUUUCCGCAGUGGUUUUUGUAUUUGAAUCAAUAUUAACUGUUUAGACUGUCGCUUAAACUGUUGCUGAUAUUAAAAUUAAAAAUAUAAAAGGAAAAAAAAGAGGAAAAAAAAUACACCAAGUGUCUUAAAAAUUGUAUUGCCAUUGUUUUUAAUGCCAAGUACUACUUGUAAAUGGUUGUGUUUCAGAUGUGGCCUCAAACAAAACUAUUAUUAUUAUUAUUAUUAUUAUUAUUAUUUGAGCAAGUGCUGUAGAUCACUGCUGUAGUUCGUAUUGUACAUUGAUAUUAAAUAAAUAUUUAUGAAAUUUCAAUGGUUAAAUUCAUGUGUUAGCAGGUUUCAUCCUAUUGAACUGACACUCGAUUUGACAAGACUAUGGAAGAAUGCAGAUAUUUGCUUU